AUGAAAGUCGUCUGCCACAACACUGACAUCAAGAUGUUUAUGACAAUCGCGGCCGCUUUUGCGGUCAGUAUCGCUUUCGUGGUCCAUUACAUUUGCAAGUCCCUGUUCUUCAGUCCUUUGGCUGGGAUCCCAGGGCCGAAGGCCUUUGCCUUAACGAAAUGGCGACUUGCCUUCGAAGAUUACAAGGGCACGCUCUUUCGGCAUUGCGUGUAUGGGGCCGGGAGCGGCUUCGAAAGGACCACAUUCUACAAUAUGUUUUCGACAUACGGGCGGCAGAACAUGUUCUCGUUUAGCUCGGUAAAACAGCAUGGAGACCGGAAAAAACUCUUCGCACAUGCGUAUGCCAAGUCUACGAUGCUGAAGGGGGAGACGGCGCGCACGAUUGAAACGAAGGUCAGGAAGUUCAUAGAGCUUUUGGAUAGAGAGCGAGACGGUCGAUCUAUCGACAUUUUCCCAACACUACAUUACUUCUCUUUGGACAACAUCACAGAGUUCGUAUUUGGCAAUGCUGGCAAAACCGCAUGUCUUGAUGGCGUGGAAAAAGACCGUGCACUUCUUCGCGAUAUUAUGGCCACUGGCAGUCGCAGACUUACAUGGUUUACGGUCCAUCGCCCGAAAUUCACGACCUGGCUUUACUCGAGGACCGGAUUAAUGGGCUGCGUCGCUCGCCGGUUCUACCCACUGCAGGGCCCAAUACCAUACACUGAUAUCAAACUGCAUGCAAUGAAAGCUUUCCGGAUAUUCUCAAAUUUCUCGACCAAAGAGAAGGCCAAGCAGUCCUCUCUCAUCUCGAAGCUCUGGAAGCAUCAUUCCACUCAGAAAGAGGGUGGCCUAGAUGAUCUGGACAUAGCAUCUGAAUGCGCAGAUCACCUCGACGGGGGAAUUGACACUACAAGUGACACUCUUAUGUUCGCAAUUUGGUCUCUUUCUCGCCCUAAGCAUGAGAAAUUCCAGCAGAGACUCAUCAACGAAGUCCGAAAUCUAUCAGAAGACGAGCUUAAUGCGGAUGGUAUACCACGGGCAGAAGUGGCCAGCAAGCUAGAAUAUGUGGAUGCAGUUAUCAAAGAAACGCUGAGACUCUUCGCGCCUCUUCCAGCGUCACAACCAAGAUCGCUACCAAAAGACACAACCAUCGAUGGUUAUCCCAUUCCUGCCCGUACUGUCGUCUCAAUCUCACCCUAUAUUUUACAUCGGAAUGGAAACAUUUUCAGGGACCCUCUAACAUUCAAUCCAGACCGCUGGCUUGAUCCAUCUCAGGACACUGCGGGAAUGAAUAAGCUAUUUUGGGCCUUCUCUAGUGGCGGACGGAUGUGCAUUGGGAUGCAUCUUGCCAUGGCUGAAAUGACCACGUUUCUGGCUGCGCUUUACCGCAAAUAUACAACGGAACCCGGAGAUGAUUUUGGCAUUGUCUCCCCUGGCAUUACUAGCCGUUUUGAGAUCUUUUAUGACGAGAGUUGCAGUGGUGUACGAGUACGUUUCACCUGA